CAUGCCGAUACAGUUUACCGUGUGCAUUGGCUCCGUGCCAAGGCUAUGAGAGAUCGUUGGGCAGAAGAGAUGUUGCUUGUAAAGCACAAAAUGGAUUGGACCUGUGACUUUUUUCUUCAUAAAGCUGAGAAUUGGAUCCAUCUAGGUAACAUCUCCAGGCAGGUCCAUAAAGAGGGACAUCUGGGAUAUGCGGUGAGACAAUGCAAAAUUUAUCAAUGUUUGUAUGCAGAGGCCAGUCAUGCAUUC